AGGAGAGUGUUGAUUGCUAAGCUUCAGGAUGAGUUUGAAAACAGAGCAAAAAAUGUUGAAGUCUACGACAAGCAGGACACGCCCCUCUCAGCGGAGGAGGAGGAGCAACGGGCUGUUGCUAAGAUCAAGAUGCUCGGCAACAUCAAGUUUAUCGGCGAGCUUGGCAAGCUGGACCUCAUCCACGAAUCUAUCCUUCAUAAGUGCAUCAAAACACUUCUGGAGAAGAAGAAGAGGGUGCAGCUUAAGGACAUGGGAGAGGACCUGGAGUGUCUGUGUCAGAUCAUGAGGACUGUGGGGCCUAGACUUGACCACCAGAAGGCCAGGUCUCUGAUGGACCAGUACUUUGGACGAAUGCGAAACCUGAUGACCUGCCUGGAGCUGCCCUCUCGGAUCCGCUUCCUGCUGCAGGACACUCUGGAGCUGCGGGACAACAACUGGAAGCCCCGCAAGGCCUUCACUGACAACGGCCCCAAGACCAUCAUCCAGAUCCGCCAGGAAGCCAUUAAGGAUCUGGGCGUGUUCAUCCCGCCCCCGAAUUCUGGCGGCGGCCGCUCGGACUUCUUUCCGGACAGUUCCUUCCUGGCGUCGCUGGCCCGUGUGGGCAUGCGCGGGGACGCGCUGGGUGGCCUGGCGGACAUGUUUGGGCAGAUGCCCGGCGGGGGCAUCGGCACGGGCCCCGGGGUCAUCCAGGAGGAGCACUACUCCCCCACGCUCGGCCGUCACCGUAGCAACGGCCUGUUCAAUGGCCACGGGCCCUACAACCCCCCGACACACACGCUCGGGGCAUACAUCAACCCCCCCGCACACACUCCUUUGGAGAGGGGGGGCAAGGCUUUCACCAAGCCCAACCAGGUGCAGCGGGCUCAGAGCCCGUUGUUCCACAACCAGUCCCAGCAGAAUGGCCUGUCCAAGGACCUGACCCCACGCUUCUCCAAGAAGGGCCCUCUCAGUGCUGAGGAGGUCAGUCUGCGUCCGGCUCAGUCCUUCCUGCUCAAUAAGAACCAGCCCAAGCUGCAGCCUCAGACUCCCAACAUGAUCCCUCCCAGUGCUCAGCCCCCACGCACACACACCCCGCCCCUGGGACAGCCUCCCCAGCUGGGGUUGAAGAGCAGUCCCCCUCUGAUCCAUGAGAAGCCCCAGAAGAGUGUCAAGAAACCGCCACCCUCCAAGGAGGAGCUCCUCAAGAUGACGGAGACGCUGGUGCGUGCGUACCUGAAUGGCGGUGAGCUGUGUGAGGCGGUGUGUGCGGUUAAGGAGAUGCGUGCGCCGCGCUCCUGUGUGUGGGAGCUUCUGGCCAAGAUGAUGCUAGUGUCUCUGGAGGGUUCGGACGCCGACCGGGAGGGCAUCAGCACGCUCAUACACACACUCCACGCUGAUGGACUGGUCACUGCCGAACACUUCAUGCAGGCGUUCCUUAGUGUGCUCGAGUGUUCUGCGGAGUUGGAGGGCUCUGUUCCGCUGCUCAAGUCCUUCUUGGCCCAGUUUGCAGCGAGGGCGGUGAUUGGGGGUCUGCUGGGUGUGGCUGACUUGGCCACGCCCCUGGAGGGCGGAGCCCACUUCCCCCUCUUCCUGCUGUGUCUGCAGCAAGCGGCUCGCCUCAAGGACCAGGACUGGCUCACACACACCUUCCAGCAGAGCCGCGUCAACAUGAUCGCCAUGCUGCCAGAGAUUGACCAGUCUAAGGAGCGCAUGCUGGAGCUACUGGAGGGGAAGGGGCUGGGCUUCCUGUUCCCUCUGCUGCGUCUGGAGAAGGAGCUGCUGCGUCGGGUCAGAGAGGACCCCUCGGCCACGCACGUCUACCGCUGGGUCAAGGACAACGUCUCGCCCACCCUACACACGGACAAGGGCUUCAUCAACAUCCUCAUUACCAGCCUGUUGCAGUACGUGUGUGUGUGUGUGUGUGUGUGUGAGUGGGACGACGGCUCUCUGGCACCAUCUAGAGAGCUGCAGGAGCAGGAGAAGCAGCUGCUGCUCUCCUUCAAGCCGGUCAUGCAGAAGUUCCUCCACGAGCACACGGACCUGCAGGUCAGCGCACUCCACGCUCUGCAGGUGCACUGCCACACGCUCGGCUUCCCCAAAGGUAUGCUGCUGCGGUACUUUGUGAACCUGUAUGACAUGGAGAUCAUUGAGGAGGAGGCCUUCCUGGCCUGGAAGGAGGAUCUGGCUCAGGAGUUUCCCGGGAAGGGCAAGGCCCUCUUCCAGGUGAACCAAUGGCUGACAUGGCUGGAGACUGCCGAGGAAGAGGAGUCUGAAGAUGAUGAAGAGUAACCAGAGAGAAUGCAACACACCUGAUGUCCUGAGGCCAAGCAGAUUUUAUCCCCAUCCUUUGUCAGUAUGCUGCGCUGCCUCGUAUGUGUGUGUGGGGAGGAGGUGAGCACGGGGUGUGUUGCAGACUCUCUGAUGUGUGUUGGGAUUUUAAUUGCUCGACCACUUACAAGAGGAUGACAUUGAUAAUUGAUAAUUUUAACAGAGGAGUUGAACAUGUCUGGAGUGUGUGUGUGUGUGUGUAGGAGGGGAGGUGUUUUUGUUUUUCCUUUUUUUACGUUUGCCUGAGGCUCUGUCCCUCAGUGUUUUUUAAGAAAUGGUUCUGAAUCUCGAUGUGGUUCCGACGCCUCCGCACAGGUGGCAUCCGCAGUCCUAUUUAUACUCGGCCAAUCAUGAACCAGGGGGAGAACACACUGCCUCUGCAGCGCUUCUAGAGUGACCUGGGGUGGUUCUAGACUCCCUGGAGCGCUUCUAGAGUGACCUGGGGUGGUUCUACACUCCCUGGAGAAGUUCUAGAGUGACCUGGGGCAGUUUUGUGUGGCUGUGUUCUGAUCAUGCGUGUACUUGCCUGUUACUGUAUGCUCCUGUUCCCAGUCUUCCCCCUGUGUGUGUGUGUGUGAGAGAGAGAAUGAGUGUCUGUGUCUGUCCUGUACCACUGCUGCUUAUCUUUCAAUAAACCUCAAUAAUUUCA